AUGAGCAAGGGAGAACGAGCAGAUCUGAAUAGUCAUGUCAUCUUUCGACGACCUGCUGAUGGACAGAUGUCUAUUGGGCGUAUCCGCGAGAUCCUUAUAUCACAUGGCACCAGUAGCACCGUGGAUCAUGUCGCACUGCAAGUUUUUUCAUUCAGGCCUACAUUACAUCCUUCAAUUUUUCUACCAUGUCUUGACCUUACAGAAGAUGAAACAGUCUCGACAGCAAUGGAUAUCAUUUGCACUGUCAAUCUUCAACACAACUGUAUUGAUUCGAAAUCCAUUCAAACGAAGCCUGUUGUCGACCAUCAGCCAACUCCGUACUUCUUCCUCAACGCCUACUCGAUUCACAACUGUGAUCUUAUCCAGCUGGUCAUACCUGAGGCACUUCGCGAGUCACCAUUGAGAGUCGCCAAUCCGGCUGAAGUUCGAACUUUAGCCAUACAGCAGAUGAAAGACAAGAAGGCAGCAAAGAAAUCAGGCAGCAUCCCCGAGCCUCAAGAAGGUGUGACUGUUGUGGAGGAAAGUGUUUGCAAUGCAACUGUACCACUUCCUGCCUUUGAUCGUGCUCCCGCCAAAAAGAUAGCCGCCAAGCCAAGAAAGAGCACAAGCGGUACCAGCACACGAGGCAGGAGGAAGAUGACAUCAUCAAAUGUUGGGCAGCCAAUUGCUGGGACCUCGAGACAGAUGUCUCCAUCCAGUCAGCAGGGUCUGACAGUCCCAUCCCACCAAUUCAUGCCUCCCCCACUGCAAGCCUCACAUUACCCUCUGCCACUGCCAAUUGGACCUUUGCUACAUGCUCCACAUCACCCUCAGGCUCCCUUUCCACCCUCCAUGUCAUAUUCCAACACAGGUCCUCAAGGAGCACAUGCGGCAUCCAUUGUGCACCCCACUCACACAGCCUCAUUCCUCAGCUCACAACCUCCUCUGGCAACACACCAACCCCACACCUCUCCCGCUCACUUUAUGCAAGCCGAGCUACCGGGUUUGCAGCCUCGCACUGCACAUGCCCAGAUGUACCCAAACCACCAACAGCAAGCUUGGAUGGCUCAAGCUCAUGUGCAGGCCAUUCACACUUGCAUGCAGUCACAGGCGCAGCACCCACACUAUUUCAUGGACCAUUCUAUGUAUCCUCAGUAACGGGAGAGAUGUGAAGGAGGGUCACAGUGUUGGAAUCUCGCAGGAGGGAUGAUCAAAGUUUUUGAGGCCUCCGGUAUAUAUUUUACUGUAUCUGGGAGGACACCAAGUGAUGUCUCCUCCACCUUAUGUUAUGAU